GCUGUCCACCAAAAAGGACCGCUCUCGGGGCCACUCAGACUUCUGGGAGAGCCUGGAGACAGAGGCCGCCUCCACCAUGCAGAACACCUCAGACACCACCUUCUCCUGCUACCACGAGUCUGUACUGAGCUAUCGCUACGUUGCUGUCACAUGGGGGAUAGUGGUGGCUGUGACAGGCACUGUGGGGAAUGUGCUCACCCUGCUGGCCUUGGCCAUCCAGCCCAAGCUCCGGACCCGCUUCAACUUGCUCAUUGCCAACCUCACACUGGCCGACCUGCUCUACUGCACCUUCCUCCAGCCCUUCUCCGUGGACACCUACCUCCACCUGCACUGGCGCACUGGCGCCACCUUCUGCAGGGUAUUUGGCCUUCUCCUUUUCACUUCCAACUCGGUCUCCAUCCUCACCCUCUGCCUCAUUGCACUGGGACGCUACCUCCUCAUUGCCCACCCUAAGUUUUUUCCCCAAGUUUUCAGUGCUAAGGGGAUAGUGCUGGCACUGGUGGGCACCUGGGUUGUAGGUGUGGCCAGCUUUGCCCCCCUCUGGCCUGUUUACAUCUUGGUACCUGUAGUCUGCACCUGCAGCUUUGACCGCUUGAAAGGCCAGCCUUACACCACCAUCCUCAUGGGCAUCUACUUUGUGCUGGGACUCAGCAGCGUUGGUGUCUUCUAUUGCCUCAUCCAUCGCCAGGUGAAGCAAGCAGCAAAAGCGCUGGACCAGUACAAGCUGCGACAGGCGAGCAUCCGCUCCAACCAUGUGGCGGGGACAGACAAGGCUACACCUGGCCAUUUCAGGGAACUGGACAGCCGGAUGACAGCAAGAGGACCCAGUGAUGAGACUGCAUCUGAGCCAGCCAGUGCUGCCACCACUCAGACCCUGGAAGAGGACUUAUCAGAGGUGAGGGACCAGGACAACAGCAAGGUACCUAAGCACCCAGAAGAGAAAAUGCCCCCAGGAAGAUCUGCCAAGUCCCAGCCAACUAAAGAAGCCCGAAGAGCUCAGGACUCCUCAUCAGAGUUUGGGAAGGUGACACGAAUGUGUUUUGCUGUGUUCCUCUGCUUUGCCCUCAGCUAUAUCCCCUUCUUGUUGCUCAAUAUUCUGGAUGCCAAGGUCCAAGCUCCCCGGGUUGUUCACAUGCUUGCUGCCAACCUCACCUGGCUCAACAGUUGCAUCAACCCCCUCCUCUAUGCCGCCAUGAACCGCCAGUUCCGCCAAGCAUAUGGCUCUGUCUUAAAGCGAGGACCCCAGAGUUUCCGCAGGCUCCAUUAGAACUGUGUCCCAGGACCAGAAUCUAGGGCUGUCUUCUCCAGAAUCCAGGUGGCUGCUGAUAGGACAAUGGGUAACAUGACACCUGUGGGCAUUUCCACAGAUGACCUCUC